AUGAGCAUCAUCGACGAGACCAAAGCUGCCGUUGCUAUAUACCUCGCCAAACCAGCUCCUACUCUUGCCGAACUGAUGGCGAUUGUCGACGUCGUUGACGAUGCCCAUGCCAAGAUCCUCGAAGCCAUGGGCGAAGCAAUCCAUUCGGCGCAAGUUGGGGCGGACGAGUGCGACGAACGUGAGAAAUCUCAUCGGGAGGCGUUGGCGUCUGUUCAGGAGCAGAUUGAUGUGGAGGUUCGCCGUACUGAAAGAGCAUACAAGGCGCGUAAAGAACUAGCUGCCGCUGUUCCCUCGGCGACUACGAAGGAGUUGCAAGGACGUGAGCCCAGCAACAGGAAGAAGAGGAACAAGGAGCAUCUCGCCCAAGGCGGCAUCCACGACGUCGCCCCAGAGUCGGCUGUCAUUGGUUCUGGAGCAUAG